AUGUCUGCCGCUGCCAACGAGUUGGGCCUCGCGCCGAGAUCGGGCGCCACUCUGACUGUUCUGGGAUGCGGAACUCUUGGGGUUGCCAUUCUUUCCGGCAUCUUCGCGUCGCUGGCCGAAGCGAAAAAGGCCGACUCCCGCUUCCUCCCUGGAUGCGGCACGGCGACGCCCCCUGAAGAAGUCGCCCCUCAUCAGGUCCCCUCGCGCUUCAUUGCGUGCGUGAUUCGCCCUGAGUCCGCCCUGCGCAUCCAAAAGACCCUCAAGCAGUACUCGCAUCCCCUCACAAUUCUCCAGAACGACAACCUCCGUGGCGCCCGUGAAGCCGAGGUUGUCAUCCUUGCCUGCAAGCCCUUCAUGCUCCAGGCCCUGCUGGGCGCCCCUGGAAUGCGUGACGCUCUGAAUGGAAAGCUACUCAUCAGUAUCCUGGCUGGAGUGACUGUCGAGCAAAUCGAAGACACACUUUACGCUGACACCGAUAUUCCGCACGGCGAUCGGUGUCGCAUCGUGCGCGCCAUGCCCAACACGGCCGCAAUCGUGAGAGAAUCAAUGACUGUUAUUGGCGAGAGCAACCCUCCCCUGCCUCCACACUGGGACAUCUUGGUCAACUGGAUAUUUUCUCGCAUUGGCCGGGUUGUGACCCUUCCCGCCUCGAAAAUGGAUGCCAGCACAUCCGUUGCUGGGUCGGGCCCUGCCUUUGUGGCCCUGGUGCUCGAAGCAUUGGCUGACGGGGGGGUUGCCAUGGGUCUGCCCAGAGCCGAAGCACAAGCCAUGGCGGCGCAAGUACUGCGUGGGACAGCUAGCAUGGUUCAAAAUGGAGACCAUCCUGCGUUCAUUAGAGAGAAAGUGAGCACGCCCGGCGGUUGUACCAUUGGCGGCUUGAUGGUACUCGAAGAGGCCGGCGUCAGGGGCCAAAUCUCCAAGGCUGUCCGGGAGGCUACCUUCAUUGCAAGCCAGCUGGGACAGUCGCAGUCGCAGAGUGCCAGCAGGACAAGGUAA